AUGCAAUGCGACAAUCCUGUUCAUGUCUGUAAUGUACCGCAUUGUGGCAAAACUUACAAGAAAACCAGCCAUCUCAAAGCUCAUCUUGAGGUCACACAUCGGCUCACGACCAUUUCAAUGCCAUUGGUUUCAAUGCGGAAAGACAUUCUCACGUUCAGAUCAACU